AUGAACCCGCAAGUGACCAACAUAGCCAUCAUGCUUGUCAUGAUGGGCGCGUCCCGUUUCAUAGACAUGGAGAACAAGACGGUCAUCCUGUACAUCCGCGUGCUGUACUGUUCCUGUGCAGCGGUCACUUGGCUCCUGUACCAACUCACCGCAGCACGCAUCAACCGUGCCAAUGACUUGUCCCUGUUGAAGUACGCGGAACCACCGCAGAAUGCGCUCCUCGCAGCAACGUCACUGGCGGAGGAUACCUCCCGUCCACGGCUCAAAGUGACCACCGUCCACGACUACGACAUGGAGUCCAUCCAGGCUGCGCUCAAGUCCCUGUACCAAUCCCUCGCGUUCAUGUUGUUCCUACACUUGUACCUCAAGUACAACAACCCUCUGUUCAUGCAAGCCAUCGGUCCCGUCAAGGGAGCCCUAGAGAACAACGUCGUCAAGAUUCACCUGUUCGGUAAACCAGCCACGGGGAACCUAAGGAGACCGUUCCGUGCAGAAUCCCUCUUGAGCAAGUUCAGCGGCGGCAGCGACGAGGUCAAGACCGAUAAGAAGACUAUCGAGGCCCUCGAAAUGGCCGGUGAAGGAGGCGCCAUCCGCAAACUGGACUGA